AUGGCUCCCAGUGACCCUGUGUCGCGCACCGAACCAUCCUCCUCCACCGACCGUAACGUCAAGCACGUCGUACUGGGUGACCUCCUUUUCCCAACAUGGUAUCAGUCCAUCUAUCCGGAAGAUCUCGUCAAUAAAGACACAGACCGGUUGUACGUCUGUCGUUGGUGCUUCCGGUACUCGUGCGACGUUCACGCCUACGCGCAACAUACGCGACUCUGCCAACACCGGACAACACCUCCCGGAACGAAAGUCUACGAUCAUGGCGGAUACUCUGUAUGGGAGCUAGACGGUGAAUGUCACAAACUAUACGCACAAAACCUUUCCUUGUUCGCCAAACUCUUCCUCGAUCACAAGUCCGUCUUCUACGAUGUCGUCUCCUUUCUCUACUACCUCCUCGUCUUCACCGAUCCCAAUGACCCCCAGAAUUACUACGUCUUGGGCUUCUUCUCGAAAGAGAAACUCUCCUGGGAUGCGAACAAUCUCGCAUGCAUCCUCGUCUUCCCACCCUACCAGCAUAAGCAGCUUGGAAAGCUGUUGAUGGGCGUGAGUUACAAGAUCAGUUCCUGGGAGAGCGAUAGUGGUCUCAUAGGUGGUCCGGAACGACCGCUUAGUGAAAUGGGCCAUAGGAGUUAUACUCGGUUCUGGCAGGAACGAAUAGCCCGGUAUCUAUUGUUACAGGGCGGUAAACCGAAGGAAGCAGAGGCGGCGUCGGGCUCCUCCGUGCCACUGAAGCAGAAGUCUCCGAAGACGUCCAAACGAAAACAUACCCACGAGCUCAUGACAGUGCAGGACAUUGGUCUGGCGACGGGGAUGUUGCCUGAGGAUGUCGUCACCGCUCUUCAAGGCCUGGGGGCCGUGGAGCCUGCGACGCCUGCUAAAAAGCGCCGGACAAAGGAUUCAUCUGGCGAGGCUGGAUCGGGCGCAGAGGAGCCCUUGUUGAUUCGGAAGUCUAAGAUUCUUGAGUGGGCCAAGUCACAUCAUAUGGCGCUCCAAGACCCUGUUAGAGAUGAAGGUUUCCUGGGGAAAUGGGCCCCAGCUGAUUCCACUGAAGAGAGUGAUGUCGACAGCGAUGAUGUUGACGAAGAUGUUGGAUAG